AUGCGUCCUGGACUUCGAAGACGUCGGGCGGCGUCGUCACCUCCUCCUCCUAGUCCUGACCGCGAACCUGGAAACGAAAGCGAUUCUGGCAGCGAAUGGAACUUGCCACCCCCUCUCACUCCCCCUGCCACUGUCACUACCUCGACUAGAACCGCAAGACCUAUCACUCCCCCUAUCACUACAACCGCGCGUCAACAAAGAGCUACACAAAGUCAGCCUCAAGCUUCUCACACUCAAGGACAGCCAAAAAGAACCUCCCGGAAACGAGCACGACCCAAUGAAACUGCAAUUGAACCCCCCAUCCUUCCCGAUCCAGACAAAGAAGAUGACGAUCUCGACAUCAACAUGGUGCCCACCAUCACCAACUACCGGGACCUCGGACGGAAAUGGGGAACGGAGCACGCGCAAAAAGCACUUGCAUCUCUAACUCUCCCCAAGAACCUCUCACCUACUGGCCUGUAUGAGGCACAAGCCUUACAAUCAGACUACGAGUUGGAUAAGACCAUGCUCUGCCUGGUCCUCAAAUGUAGCCGCCGAGUAUUGGACGAAGCUCUACUUGAAGGACCUUUGGCUCGCGAGCCAAACAUGUACACUAACUACCAGACCUAUAGUGUCGUGGCAACAACAACCACAAUGCCACCUAAAGGAACAUCAGUUGGCUUCAAGGAGCGUAAUGCCAUCGUCGGAUCCACGUGGUCCACCUAUAACGAAGAGGAACAUGAAGUCUUCACCCCUCGUCUAUUCGAGCGAUUAUGUGUAGCUACUAGCGAGGCGUAUGCAUUAACUAAAACCCCAUUAGGAAUUACUCCCAAUCUUCCGCUGGAACAGACCCCCUCUACUAAAACCCCUGCUUCAACCUUAGAACCGCUAAGCCAAGACGAAGUCGAUAAAUAUGUUCCAGUAUUUGAGCGCCUAGUCAAUUUAACCAAAGUCUCACAUGACUUGUACCAGGCCCGCUUGUGGAGGCACAGUGGGAAAUCUAAGAAUCGAUCGAUGGAGAACUUAAUGACACUCAAAAUCAGCAAGAUUGUUCGACAGCUCCACGUAUUAAAAAAUCAGUUCAAUUUACAAUUUCACCUUCUCGUCGCAAGUUGGAACCCAGGAACGUCGGCCCCACGAGCCCUUUUUCAGAAUGAGUUCACCUCUUGUGAUCGCUGGGCCCGCAACCAACAAAAGAAUCACCUACUCGAGUGCUUCACUUUCGAAUCAACGAAGGCACCACUGCAUCUGCGCCCUAAACGAAAUGAAAUUAAGCCUAUGUGUGAAGGUGCAGCACGACAAGCCCAAAGACGGACCGAGCUCGCGAACGCCCUUAAUGGAUUGAUAGCCCCGUACCUUCGUGGGGGUUAUAUGGGCAGGGGAGACGCACAUCCUAAAGUUCCCAACUUGAAGGCCGCCUUUGAAGCAAAGACCUUUCGCGGUGAUAUCAAGCUGAAUUUUAUUUGCACACCGCAGAGCCGUAUCACAGACCUGAUGCUUUCAAAGGGGCCUGGCCAUCUUUCCAAUGACGAAGUGGACAUUUGGAUUGAAGAUAUUAAAAUGAAAAAUUAUAUUAUCAAUCGUGUCGUUCAGGCCGGCAAACCUGACCCGGACGGCAUCGUUGAAACAAUUGAUACCACUGCUGGUGACCCUCACUCUAACACCGAUUUACCUCAGGAGACCAUGGGACUAAUGUCAAUUCACUUCACACGACUUUUUACGUGCUUACGUGGCACAAUCCACACUAGGGCCAAGUUCCACACCCCAUCAUCCACAGCCGUUCAUCGUACAACUCCACCUUUCACGUCGAACCCUCUCCGCUCCUCGGCAACUGGCUUAUCAAGUUAUCAAUUUCGUAUCAACAGCUUUGAACCCAGCCGAUUGAGUCCGGAGGUGACUACCCUUGAAUCACCUUCAGCUCAGUCUGGGGUGAGCGGUAGUAGUUGCAACUGGGUGGAGAGACGGCUUCUGCAUAACCAGACAUCCAUCCAGAUUGCAACUUCUUCCACUCGCCCCGGAUAUCCAGGCACGAUGUCGACUGACCUAGAUCCUGGAUGGGAGAAACGCAAGAGGGACAAAUUCCCUAUUGGAUCAAAUGAGAGUGUUUCCACUGCUUUGCCUGGCGUAACAUAUCUUUCGGAUCUUCUAAAGCCCAUUGAUGUAAAACGUCAAACAGGUUUCAGCGAUCAGGAUCUCCCCCAGCCUUUCCGCACUGGAAAAUCAUAUGCUCAUGUACCACAUGAGCUCCUGGCCCCGGAUGGUUACCCAAGUACUGGCAAUUGGCUACACCCAGCUUGCAAAUUCGCUGUGCUAGGGCCUGAUCCGACUUCGGGUAAAGGUCGACUAGUGCAAAGGGCUUUGGAUCAGUAUCGCGAGCAGGGGUUUGAAAAUGUACCCGAGCCUCUACCGCGUGUGGUGAAGGUGAAGGCAAGUGGUAAAGAAAAUACGUAUGUCAAUAUCGUACUUAUUGCGGAAUCACAUAAAUGUUAG